AUGUGUAAUGAUAUUAUUCUUAAAGUAUCCAACCUUAUCGCUUUUAUUUUAUUGACAGCAGUAAAAGGUUUUACAACCUUUAAUAAUAAAGUAGCGAAUAAUGACUUUUUACUUGAAACAUACAAUAGUACUACGACAUUCACAAAUGUUUACCUUUUGCCCAAGCAAUACACUUUUGGAAUUUGGGGACUGAUUUAUAUUUUACUUGCUGGGUUCGUUUUAUAUCAGCAGUGGACCGAAAAAGCAAAUAAUGUGACCAUUCAUGGAGUUUCAUAUCAUUUCUGUAUAGCCGCUACCUUAAACAUUAUCUGGUUAAUUCUAAUAUGGUUUAUACAAGAAAACGAAAAACUCUUUAUUAUUAUAGAUACUUUGGUCAUUACAACCCUCUUCGUAUUCUUAUAUUUUAUAUAUGAUAACUUAGAAGAACAUUAUCCUCCAGAAACACUUACAGAUCGAAUAUUUGUUCAUGCACCUUUUAAAAUAUAUUUCGCAUGGACUUUCAUAACACUAAUUAUAAACUUUUGGAUUGCAAUUCCUACGCUCAAUACAAUUAUAAUAUCAAGUAUUACUCUUGUAUACCUUGGAUUUAUGGGACUUUAUUAUGUUGAUUAUCGUAAAAAAGCCGACCUUUUUAUUACUGCAACUAUUGCUUGGGCACUUGUCGGUAUCGCUAUAAAGCAUUAUGAGAUUUUGCCUAUUUUAGCUGCUUCUUCCUUCUCUAUUGGGAUGAUCUUGGGAGGUGUUCUCAGAUAUAAUUAUGAUAUUUAUAUAAUUUAUAAUGAAAAGGGAUUUUAA